UGACGCAGGGGCGCGCCCUCCAUUUUGUGGAACGCAGGAGCAGCUAAGUGCGUCAGUUUUGGAAAGACGUAGACGAGUUUAGUCCUGGUUUGCGGGGAGGCAGACGGCUCCGUCGCAGACUACGGACCUCUCUGGUCUCUCAGCUGCCAAAGAUCCUGUCCGGUAGGUGAGUGACUCACUUUGAGGGAAAGGCUUCUCGGAUCGAGGCUUCUUCAUGGCCGCUCAGAUCGUGAGUGGCCAGGGCUGCUCUCUUUGCGGAGGACGGCGUCCAAUGAGCGCAGUUUAUUCGAGGUGGGCGCUGGGGCACGUCUCCCUUUGGGUACUGUUUGAGGGGAACUGAAGGUGGAAGGGCGGUCGUGGUUAUGGUCAUUUUUACACAGGGGUCUAUGCUCCUCCCUGCCUCCUUACCUCUUCACUACCCGAACCCCCCGAGUUUGGGCGGAGACCUUUGCUCGGGGGUGUGGCUAGGGUUUUCUGCGGGAGGGCACGAUGACUCCGGAACUAUGGAGUCGUGGGAGGGGGUGGGAGGAGGGCGUUUGGCACGCGCGGCUCUCCCCCACCGCUGUCUCCGCCGCCGCCAUUUUGUGGCUGCCGGCGUCCGCCCGCCGCCGUUUGCGCAGGCGCGGCGGUGGCGUCGCGAGAUUCCGGCUUCCACCCGCUGUGACGCUCCUGGGAGGCGGCGACGCGCGCGCGGCCCAUCACCAUUGGGCUGGCCUUGCGGAGGGCGGGGUCGGCUCCGCCCGCACUUCUCGGCCUUUCCUAACUGCGGCAGAUGGGAGGGGGCCAGAAGAGCCAGGGAGAGAGUGCGGCUGCGCAGUUCCAGAGGCGGCAGUGGGCGUUGCGGUUGCUGCGGUCUGGGCCCAGGGAAGGAUCGUGUUGGGAGCCGAGUUUUAAUUUUGUCUGCAAGGGACCUGGCCUAAUAAGAGGCACUCUUGGCAAUCUUGUUUAUAACAUCACCGGGUAAACAUUUUAUUUUAUGCCGUUUAUGUUUUUGGCCCCUUAACUAGGCAUUUUUCUGACAUUCACUGGUAUUGUUUCAAUCGAAUCAUUUUCUAACAGGAAAUACUAGCCGGAUAUCAUGAGUGGCUGUCGAGUAUUCAUCGGGAGGCUAAAUCCCGCGGCCAGGGAGAAGGACGUGGAAAGAUUCUUCAAGGGGUAUGGACGAAUAAGAGAUAUUGAUCUGAAAAGAGGCUUUGGUUUUGUGGAAUUUGAGGAUCCCAGGGAUGCAGAUGAUGCUGUAUAUGAACUUGAUGGAAAAGAACUCUGCAGUGAAAGGGUUACUAUUGAACAUGCUAGGGCUCGAUCUCGAGGUGGAAGAGGUAGAGGACGCUAUUCUGACCGUUUUAGUAGUCGCAGACCUCGAAAUGAUAGACGAAAUGCUCCACCUGUAAGAACAGAAAAUCGGCUUAUAGUUGAAAAUUUAUCUUCAAGAGUCAGCUGGCAGGAUCUCAAAGAUUUCAUGAGACAAGCUGGGGAAGUAACCUUUGCGGAUGCACAUCGACCUAAAUUAAAUGAAGGGGUGGUAGAGUUUGCCUCUUAUGGUGAUUUAAAGAAUGCUAUUGAAAAACUUUCAGGAAAGGAAAUAAAUGGGAGAAAAAUCAAAUUAAUCGAAGGCAGCAAAAGGCACAGGUCACGAAGCAGGUCUCGUUCCCGAACCAGGAGUUCCUCUAGGUCUCGUAGCCGAUCUCGUUCCCGGAGUCGCAAGUCUUACAGCCGGUCCAGGAGCCGGAGCCGGAGCCGGAGCAAGUCCCGUUCUGUUAGUAGGUCUCCUGUGCCUGAAAAGAGCCAGAAACGUGGUUCUUCAAGUAGAUCUAAGUCUCCAGCAUCUGUGGAUCGCCAGAGGUCCAGGUCCCGAUCCCGGUCAAGGUCCAGAUCAGUUGACAGUGGCAAUUAAACUGUAAAUAACUUGCCCUGGGGGCCUUUUUUAAAAACACACACACAAAAAUUCCCAAACCAUACUUGCUAAAAAUUCUGGUAAGUAUGUGCUUUUCUGUGGGGGGGGUUGGGGGUGGGAUUUGGAGGGGGGUUGGGUUGGGCUGGAUAUCUUUGUAGAUGUGGACCACCAAGGGGUUGUUGAAAACUAAUUGUAUUAAAUGUCUUUUGAUAAGCCUUCUGCUCACAUUUUUGUGAAUGUCUGAAGUGUAUAGUUUGUGUAUAUUGAGAGAGCUCUUUUAUAACUAAAGCAAAUUUAAUUUUUUUGUACUAGAAAAGAUUUGAACAUUUUAGUUCUUGGUUAUUCAAAUAUGUUAAUUCAGAAUUAGUUUAAUGCCUCAAUUAAACUAAUUAAUAGCUUUGGACACUUAAAAGAGCUCUAAAUUUGCUUGUACAUAAAGGCUUGAGUUUUCCUUGUUAGGGUCAAGGGUGUCCUCCCACCCACCCUUUAACAGCUGCCUGACGACACGUUAAAGCAGCUGUUUGUUAUUGAUAAUAAAAGAUUAUAAAACUGC